AUGGAGCCCAAAGCGUCACAGCUGAGCUCGACGGUGGCGGCGGUGGCGGUGGCGGUGACGGUGGCGGCGGCGAUGAUGGGCUCUUCCGACGCCCACGAGUUCUACGUCGGGGGGAGGGACGGGUGGGUGGAGAACCCUUCGGAGAGCUUCGACCAGUGGGCGGGGAGGAACAGGUUCCAGGUCAACGACAGCCUCGGUAAGCCGCAUAACCUCACCGGAGGAGUCCUUCUCUUUCUGCCCUCCUCCGUGUUCUUCUCCGGCGGCACCGCUAUUGACGGCGACGGCGGUUGAACAGUGUUCCGAUACGAGAUGGAGGACUCGGUGCUGGUGGUGACGGAGGCCGACUACCGGGCCUGCAACACAUCCAACCCAUUAUGGAAACUCCACGGCGGCCACUCGGUGUUCCGGCUUACCAGGUCGGGGCCCUUCUUCUUCAUCAGCGGCGCCGCCGGGCGGUGCGAGAGGGGCCAGAAGUUGGUCGUUGUGGUGCUCUCUGUGCGCGGGCCGAGACGGGGUGCAGCGGCGCCGCCGCCGCUGGCCCCAGCGCCACCGCCGUUGGGCUUCGCUCCUUACGGUGCUCCGCCGCCGUCGAUGUUGCAGCCUCCGACUGCUCCGCCGGCGUUCACCGCCGCCGGAGGCCCAGCGGAGGGGGAGCCACCGUCCCCGGUUUCCGGGUGCUCCGCCGGAGCUACUCUCAGCAUGGCGGCGGUGGCCAUGUUCGGUGGCGUAGCCGCCUUCCUGCUGUAG